CUUGCAUAGAGAACACAAUCAGCGGAGGUUCGGAGCCGAGGCUAACUGAGAUUGAGAAGAACAACAACGUGAUCAACAACAAAGCUAAUGCUUUGGACAGAAGUCCUAUAGAUAAAAGCGCAUAUAGUAAUUUUAAUUCAAGUGAAAAUGACGAACUGCAUCCGAUGGUGGUCAACGUGAAAGCCACUCUAGAAUUUCAGUCCUUGUGGGAGAAAUUCAACGAACUAGAAACUGAAAUGAUAGUUACCAGAGCUGGCAGACGUAUGUUUCCUGUGUUCCAAGUACGGCUUUUUGGCAUGGAGGAGUCGGCAAACUAUCUGUUGACGAUGGAUUUUGUCCCCGCCGACGACAAGCGUUAUAAAUACGCUUUUCACAG